UGCGGAAAUAUCCUCGCGUGGAGCAGCACAGGCUCAGCAGAAGCAAUGAAGCAAGACCAAGCCCAAGGUACCACCGACGACAAGGAGGGAAAGGAGAAGACAGAGGCAGGUGACGAGAAGUCAAAAGAUGAUGCUAGUUGUAGCGAAGAUGCAGACGCAGAGUCUAAGGAGCAAGCUGCGAAUAAUGACUCAACGAAGGCAAGAAAACACGACAAAGAGAAUAUAGAACAGCCAGCACACCUACUUCGUGGUGGAAAAGAGCGUGGAAAAAAUGAAAAACAGCCUGAUUGGCUGCAGCUAGACGAUGAUGUCGAAGCAUUACUCUGGGCGAUGCUAAACUAUGGGGAAGCCGCGGAUAGGGAAACUUUCUGUGUUCAAAAUUGGAUCAACCCUAAGCAAAUUGAAGAGGCAUGGAACCUUACCAACCAGCUGACGCAAAUGCUCACGACGAAGCUGACAUUACCGAAAGCGCUCCUCAAAGCUGGCUUUGGCGCCAAUUGUGAACGGCCUGGAGCACGAAGAAACAGA